GACUGAUACCUUUAUGUUGACUCCUACUGAUGAGGAAAGUGACCACCAGCUCCUCUCUCACAACUCUCAUGUAGCUGAGAGCCAAGAUCAGAAAGGAGGCAAGCAUGGAGACUCAGGCUCAACUAGAACUGCAGAGCCAAAUGAACAGAAUCUACAUCACGAAAGCACAAGUCACAGUAACAAUGUAGACAACCCUCACCUGUCAGAGAUGCACUGUGAUACUCACACAGGUAAACUGCCUUUCAAAUGUGACACAUGUGGUAAAGACUUUAAGAUUAAAUCAUUACUAGAGAAACAUCUGAGAAUCCACACAGGUGAGAGGCCGUUUGCAUGCAAAAUAUGUGAGAAAGCUUUUAGACUUAAUGAUCACUUGAAACAGCACAUGAGAAUCCACACAGAUGAGAUGCCAUAUUCUUGCAAAAUAUGUGAGAAAAAAUUUAUUGAGAAAUCAUCAUUGAACUGUCAUAUAAGAACCCACACAGGUGAGAAGCUGUUUGCAUGCAAAACAUGUGGGAAAGCUUUCAGAAAUAAUAGUCACUUGACAAUCCACACGAGAAUCCACACAGGUGAGAAGCCAUAUUCUUGCAAAAUAUGUGAGAAAAAAUUUAUUGAGAAAUCAUCAUUGAACUGUCAUAUAAGAAUCCACACAGGUGAGAAGCCGUUUGCAUGCAAAACAUGUGGGAAGGGAUUUAUUAGGAAAUCAGCAUUGAACUGUCAUAUAAGAAUCCACACAGGUGAGAAGCCAUAUUCUUGCAAAAUAUGUGAGAAAAAAUUUAUUGAGAAAUCAUCAUUGAACUAUCAUAUAAGAAUCCACACAGGUGAGAAGCCAUAUUCUUGCAAAACAUGUGGGAAAGCUUUUAGAUUUCGUGGUGGCUUGACAUGCCACAUGAGAACCCACACAGGGGAGAAGCCAUAUUCCUGCAACACGUGUGGGAAAAGUUUCACUUGGAAAUCAGCAUUGACGUCUCAUCAUACAAGAAUCCACACAGAGCUCCCACAGCAACAUGUCUGUAAGGAUCAGGAGGUCCUCUCUGACCAGCAGCACUAA